AUGUCGAAAAAUUUUUAUACUCAACUUUUAAAUAAUUUUUCGCAGCUAUUCGAAAGUGGCAAAAACUCUGACCUCAUUUUAUAUGUAGGUUAUAAGCACGAUAUAAAAGUAUUCAAAGUACAUACUCAAAUAUUGUGCGCUCAAUCAACAUAUUUCCAAGCUGCACUGUCCAAAAAAUUGUUCAAAAAGGAAGAUGAUUGUUAUGUUUUUGAAAAAACAAACGUCGAGGCCGAUGUGUUUGAAAUCAUUCUAAGAUAUCUGUAUACGGGAGAAGCGAAUAUAGGAAACUGUGAUGGAUUUCAGAUCCUUAAAUUGCUGGUUGCAUCGGACGAACUGAAUUUGAGUGAUCUACUUCAGUUCGCGCAGAGUUACCUUAUUGAAUCAAGAAAAUCCUUCCUAAUUGAACAACCAGUCCGAGUGCUUGAAUCAAUUUUCCGACUUGAGUCGUGCGAAAUGCUUAGACUCUUUUGCAUUGAUGCAAUUUGCGACGGCGGCACAAAGUUGUUCGAUUCUGACAUUUAUUUGACAUUAGAAGAAGACAUAUUCGCACAGAUAUUGCAGCAAGAUAAAUUGCAUAUAAAAGAAGUUGCAUUGUGGAAAGGUGUUUUGAAAUGGGGCGUAAGCAGACAUCCAGAGCUGAAAAACCCCCCGACAGAAUGGUCGACAGAUGAUGUGAAUCGAAUGAAGAAGACACUAGCCGGUCUUAUUAAACACAUUCGGUUUUUUACAAUUUCUGCAGACGAAUAUUAUGACGAAGUUAGGCCAUACAAAAAAUUAUUUUCUAAAAAACUAAGGGAAGAAAUGUUGCAAUUUAUAAUGCCACCAUCCAGAAAACCGGAAGAUAUUAUGGCAAAAACUAGAGGCAGACUGUUAGAUUCGGGAUUGGUUGAUUAUCCUAUCAUGGCUCUUAUUGCUGGUUGGGUCGAUUCAAUGAAUACUGCCUAUGACGAGAUCCCCUAUGAGUUUACACUUAUUUAUCGGGCAAGUCGUGAUGGAUUUGAUAAUCAAAAAUUUCGUAACAUGUGCUCCUCCAAAGGCCCAACUGUUGUUAUUGCCAAAGUUAUGAACCAUCCAAAUAUAUUCGGCGGCUAUAAUCCCUCAGAUUGGUCUGCUUAUAAUUCAGUUGGCUCUCCAUCAUGCAAUUAUACAAGUAACGGUUUUAUUUUUGAGAUGCCUGAUGGAAAGUCGACCGCAGGAGCACGCAUUGGUAGGCUCAACCGCGGUGAUAAUCGAUAUUGUCACAGUCAUUAUGGUCCAUCUUUUGGUAAUUUUUAUAUAAAUGGACAAGCAUGGAAUUCAAAUAUUUCAAAACGUAAUAUUUACAGAUCAUCUUCUCAUAUGACUUUGUAUGGAAAUAAACGAGCACGAUGUUCAAAUAGAAUAGCAUGCAGUAUUGCUAGUGGAACUCUUGAAGAAUACGAAGUUUUUACAAUAAAAAAAAAGGAUUAA